AGUGAACUUUGUCCUUUUAUUAGUGAACUUUAUCUUUCUAUUGGUGAACUUUACUCUUUCACUUAAUGAACUUCACUCUUAUCACGAAACAUACACACACACACAGACCAUCUCCCUAUACACCUUCCACCGUACAUAAAGGUACCUAAAUUUACCUUGAUUUACUUUCGUUUAUUCAACCUUUCUUCCUACUUUUGCAACUCUGGCUUGGAAAUCGACAGUAUGGGAAUUUGGAACUUCCUCUCUCGGAAACAAUCCGUCUUUGUGGAUGACUUACCUAAUGAGGUUCUGAUCCAAAUCCUAAGCGAAGUCAUUAAUGAUUCCAGCCCUACUCGUACCAACGUACUCACCGUGUGCAGGUUAUGGCAUCAACUCGCUGUCCCAGAAUUUUACAAACACAUCGCCUUCACCAAGCAUAACAAACUAGAGAGCUUUCUUCAGUGCGCAGAUGUUUCACGACACGGCCGCCAUAUUCGAUCUCUGACGAUUCACAUGGGAGAUGGCGGCGCCAAGGAUUUAAUAUUUUUUAAGAAAGAGAAGCUAUCUACAUUCGUACCGCCUCUAACUCGACUCGUAUCAAUAUUGCCAAUCUUGAGCGGACUACUAUCAUACUCUCUAUGUGUUACACGAGAUAUGGACUGUGUACUUCCUCGACACCUUCUCGUCCAGAUUAUCAACGCACUGCCGGAAAGCUGCGUAAACUUGGAGGUUGACACACUCGGUCGCGACAGUCGAACUCAAAGCGAGCAAUUACAUGUUUGCGACUCUAUUCGCCAGAUACUACCCAGGAUGAAGUAUGUGCGUGUGAGGAUGGGUGCAAUGUGUUCCUCUAUGUUCGGGACUAGAAAGACCUUACACGCCACUGAGGAUGGGCCAGCUUCCAAUGAUGGCAACGGCGAAUUUUUGCCAAUAGAAACCACAUCGCUGCGUUCACUUGUCGUCAAUUGCAUGGACUCGUCGGGAGGCACCUUGCAAAAGUGUGGUCAAGAAGACUGGAAAGAGUGGGAGGUAUACCGUGGCUGGGGAUACCCUUCCCCGUGGACAUCUGUCACUUUUGGGAUGGGACAGCUUCUUUUGAAAAAUUCGCAAUACCUCCAGGGGACUCGAAUAUAUGCAAUCGACUCCCCCAAUUCCGUAUCCCAUGUACCUCACGAGAGUGGAGACCACCAAACCCUGAUUCACGCUGAUAUUGUUGCGAAGGAAACGUGGGCAAUACCGUAUGAAAUGGUUCUUUUUCGUACCUGUCGACAUUACUUGGAGUACCUUUCCAAUCCUUUUAUUUUCCGCUUACCUGAUGGCCGAGAGAUGAUGGCGAGUGUCGAUAACAUGGUGAAGCAUGCAGAAUGUGCACAAUGGGAAACCACGGGAAAUGGGUCGAGGUUACCACGAAAUGCCAAAGGUCGAUACAUCGAUGCCGACAGUUCGAAGGAUUUCGGAUUACCAAUCAUAACACCUAGGCAAUGGCAGGCGGAACAUCCACGGAAAAGGCAGCCCACUAAUUAUAGAGAGAGAAAAUUUGGGAUGAGACUGUUCGGUGCUGAACAUAGAGUUGGUGGCGACCAUCUAUCAUUGCGCAUUGUCAAAGAGAUCAUCCCUGAAGGCUGGACUCGUGAACGGUCCGGCGAUCUCGUAAAAGUAGACUAAGUGGGUAGAAAGGCCGUGAUGCUAUUGCCUACAGUAGAUGAUUUAAUUAUAAAGCACAUUGAUAGCAUCAAUAAU